AUGGGGUGGGCAGAACCUGACAAAGACUUCCAUCACUUCCUCAUCACCAGAGCCCUGAUGUACAUGUUUAUAAGUGUCUACCCAAGUCCCAGUUACAGCCUACCCAAGUCUCAGUUACAGCCUACCCAAGUCCCAGUUACAGCCUACCCAAAUCAUAGUUACAGCCUACCCAAGUCUCAGUUACAGCCUACCCAAGUCUCAGUUACAGCCUACCCAAGUCCCAGUUACAGUCUACCCAAGUCUCAGUUACAGUCUACCCUAGUCUCAGUUACAGUCUACCCUAGUCUCAGUUACAGUCUACCCAAGUCUCAGUUACAAUCUACCCAAAUCAUAGUUACAGCCUACCCAAGUCUCAGUUACAGUCUACCCAAGUCCCAGUUACAGCCUACCCAAGUCUCAGUUACAGCCUACCCAAGUCUCAGUUACAGCCUACCCAAGUCUCAGUUACAGCCUACCCAAGUCUCAGUUACAGUCUACCCAAGUCUCAGUUACAGUCUACCCAAGUCCCAGUUACAGUCUACCCAGGUCUCAGUUACAGUCUACCCUAGUCUCAGUUACAGUCUACCAAAGUCCCAGUUACAGCCUACCCAAGUCCCAGUUACAGUCUACCCAAGUCUCAGUUACAGUCUACCCAGGUCUCAGUCACAGUCUACCCAAGUCUCAGUUACAGUCUACCCAAGUCUCAGUUACAGUCUACCCAAGUCUCAGUUACAGCCUACCCAAGUCUCAGUUACAGUCUACCCAAGUCUCAGUUACAGUCUACCCAAGUCUCAGUUACAGUCUACCCAAGUCUCAGUUACAGCCUACCCAAGUCUCAGUUACAGUCUACCCAAGUCUCAGUUACAGUCUACCCAAGUCUCAGUUACAGUCUACCCAAGUCUCAGUUACAGCCUACCCAAGUCUCAGUUACAGUCUACCCAAGUCUCAGUUACAGUCUACCCAAGUCUCAGUUACAGUCUACCCAAGUCUCAGUUACAGCCUACCCAAGUCUCAGUUACAGCCUACCCAAGUCUCAGUUACAGUCUACCCAAGUCUCAGUUACAGCCUACCCAAGUCUCAGUUACAGUCUACCCAAGUCUCAGUUACAGUCUACCCAAGUCUCAGUUACAGUCUACCCAAGUCUCAGUUACAGCCUACCCAAGUCUCAGUUACAGUCUACCCAAGUCUCAGUUACAGCCUACCCAAGUCUCAGUUACAGUCUACCCAAGUCUCAGUUACAGCCUACCCAAGUCUCAGUUACAGUCUACCCAAGUCUCAGUUACAGUCUACCCAAGUCUCAGUUACAGUCUACCAAAGUCUCAGUUACAGUCUACCCAAGUCUCAGUUACAGUCUACCCAAGUCUCAGUUACAGCCUACCCAAGUCUCAGUUACAGCCUACCCAAGUCUCAGUUACAGUCUACCCAAGUCCCAGUUACAGUCUACCCAAGUCUCAGUUACAGUCUACCCAAGUCUCAGUUACAGUCUAUCUACCCAAGUCUCAGUUACAGUCUACCCAAGUCUCAGUUACAGCCUACCCAAGUCUCAGUUACAGUCUACCCAAGUCUCAGUUACAGUCUACCCAAGUCUCAGUUACAGCCUACCCAAGUCUCAGUUACAGCCUACCCAAGUCUCAGUUACAGCCUACCCAAGUCCCAGUUACAGUCUACCCAAGUCUCAGUUACAGUCUACCCAAGUCUCAGUUACAGUCUACCCAAGUCUCAGUUACAGCCUACCAAAGUCCUAGUUACAGCCUACCCAAGUCCUAG